GAGGAGGUUGUUGAGGAUUUCUCUCUGUCAGUCAGUCAGUCUGCGCCAUCAACCCAACCACAGUCUCCACAAUCCAACUCCCUGCGUUUGUCCAUAAACUUGUGGCCGGCGGGAGACGGGGUUGGAACGAGCGAGCGCCGAAGGUGCGGAUUAGUUCCCGGGGUCGGGUUUGGAGGCAACGCGAAAGCACAAUGUUCAGCUGGAUGAAGAAACAGGAGAAGAAGAGUCCGGAGGAGAUCCACACGGUGACGGAGGGGCUGCGGCUCCUCUACCGAUCCAAGUUGUUGCCACUCGAGGAGUUUUACCGCUUCCACGACUUCCACUCGCCCGCCCUGGAAGACGCCGACUUCGACAACAAGCCCAUGAUCCUGGUGGUGGGUCAAUACUCCACCGGGAAGACCACCUUCAUCCAGUACCUGCUGGAGGAGGAUUUCCCCGGCAGCAGAGUGGGGCCCGAACCCACCACCGACUCCUUCAUCGCCGUGAUGCACGGAGAGGUGGAGGGCGUCAUCCCGGGAAACGCGCUGAUUGUUGACCCCAACAAACCCUUCCGGAAGCUCAACCCCUUCGGAAACUCCUUCCUCAAUAGGUUGACGUGCGCCCAGCUGCCCAACCAGGUGCUGCAGAGUAUCAGCAUCAUCGACACACCUGGGAUUCUGUCCGGAGCCAAACAGCGUGUGAGCAGAGGCUACGACUUCCCUGCCGUUCUGCAGUGGUUUGCUGAGCGCGUAGACCGCAUCAUCCUCCUGUUCGACGCCCACAAACUGGAGAUCUCCGAUGAGUUUUCAGAGGCCAUCCGAGCUCUGAAAGGCAACGAGGACAAGAUCAGGGUGGUGCUGAACAAGGCCGACCAGGUGGACACACAACAGCUGAUGCGGGUGUACGGGGCACUUAUGUGGUCCCUGGGAAAGGUGGUCAACACUCCCGAGGUUCUCCGCGUCUACAUCGGCUCCUUCUGGUCCGAGCCGCUGCUCAUCUCCAGCAACAGGAAGCUGUUUGAGCUGGAGGAACAAGACCUCUUCCAGGAUCUGCAGAACCUGCCCAGGAAUGCUGCCCUGCGCAAACUCAACGAUCUGGUGAAGAGAGCACGGCUCGUGAGGGUCCACGCCUACAUCAUGAGCUACCUCAAGAAGGAAAUGCCCUCGGUGUUUGGCAAGGAGAACAAGAAGAAGCAGCUGAUCUUAAAACUGGGACAGAUCUUUGCCAAGAUCCAGUUGGAGCAUCACAUCUCUCCCGGAGACUUUCCAGACAUAAACAAAAUGCAGGAGCAGCUGAUGGUCCACGAUUUCUCCAAGUUCCCAUCGCUGAAGCCCAAGAUGCUGGAGGCACUGGAUGACAUGAUGACGUACGAGAUCGCCAAGCUGAUGCCCCUUGUACGGCAGGAAGAGCUGGAGAUGCCAGAGCAGAUGGUGCACGGUGGAGCCUUUGAUGGGACGUCCAACGGGCCGUUCAUCGAGGGCAUGUGUGACGGGGCCUACGAGGUGGGCGAGGAUGAUGAGUGGGUUGUCACCAAAGACAAACCCAAGUACGAUGAGAUCUUCUACAACCUGUCUCCCACUGAUGGCAAGAUCAAUGGUGUGAAGGCCAAGAAUUGGAUGAUCACCACCAAGUUGCCCAACUCUGUCCUGGGGAAGAUCUGGAAGCUCUCAGACGUGGACAAGGAUGGCAUGCUGGACGAUGAGGAGUUUGCUCUGGCCAGCCACCUCAUCGAGGUCAAGCUGGAUGGCCAUGGGCUGCCCAGCCAGUUGCCGGGUUACCUGGUGCCCCCAUCCAAGAGGAGGCAGGUGGGAUCGGUCGAGUAAUGCCACGAGGAAUCGCGGCUGUGCUGUGCCACGGAGGCCGCGGACUCUUGCCCAGGAGCCGGGGGAAGGGGGAGGGGGGGGAAGGGGCUGGGCCUUGGUCGUUGGCAAAUUACUCCCCUGGUUCAUGUUGAUUGGCGCUGACCCCAAACUGUCCCAUGACCAUGACAUCCACCCGUCCACGGGAGACUUUGGUGCAGGGGAUAACGCUGCCUUUCACCCCGCUCCACCCUCCCGAGACCACCUCAGCUUCUCAACAAAGGUUCCCCUGCAUUCCCUGGCACCAAUAGUCUUCCACGAAUUUCCAAUUGAUUCCAAUCUCCCAGGAGCCGAUCUGAAGGCCUGAUCCACUUGAGCAGAUCAGGCCGCAGCUCCCAAACCAAGAUAUCCCCCAGUGUAGCCUUCAGCCGGCCAGUAACUGGACAGUUCAUCACCAGGCCAGGAUGAUGAACCAUGAUCCUCACUCAGAGGGAGGUGACCUCUUCUACUCUUGCCUCAUCUCCCCUCGCCUCAUCUCCCCUCGCCCCUCCCCCCCUCGCCCCUCCCCUCGCCUCAUCUCCCCUCGCCUCAUCUUCCCUCGCCUCAUCUUCCCUCGCCUCAUCUCCCCUCGCCCCUCCCCUCGUCUCAGCUCCAUUGCCUCAUCUGUGUUUGGACCAGACCACGAUUACGUGUUGACACAAGACCAGAAUAUCGCUGGAAAUGGAAAAGACACAGUGCUGGAGUAACUCAGCGGGUCAGGCAGCAUCUCUGAAGAACAUGGAUGGGUGAUAUGUUAGGUCAUGAUCCUUCUUUGGUGAAACGUCACCUAUCCAUGUUCUCCACAGAUGCUGCCUGAUCCG